AUGAUUGCACGGGACACGCAGCCAUGCUCUGACACCCACCCGCCUCCAGGCACGCCCACCAGCCCUCGCCCGGCCUCCACCCCCCGCCCAGCGUCCACGGCCCCCCCGACGCCCCGCCCGCGCCCGCCCCCCGACGCCCCGCCCGCGCUCAACCCGCUCGCCCGCAUGGCGUCCAUCCACUCGCUGCCCGUCGAGCUCCUCGCCCGCGUCUUCGCCCUCGGCGCCGCCGACCCCCUCCAGGACCUCGCGUCGCCCGCCGCCCCCAUCCCCCGCGAUCCGCCCUUCGAGGUCCUCGUCUCCCACGUCUGUGCCUACUGGCGCGACGUCGCCCUCCGCACGCCCCUCCUCUGGACCUCCGUCGCCCUGACCCAGGUGAGCCAUGUCUCUCGCGCCCGCGCCUACCUCGCCCGCUCGGCCCGCCUCCCCUUCAACAUCCUCUUCGACUCGUCCUCCGAGUCCGAGUACGUCCCCCACCACUCCAUCUUCCGCGACGAGUUCCUCCCCGCCUUCGACGCCCUCACGCCCCACAUCGCCCGCUGGGGCUCCCUCAUCCUCCGCGUCCGCGACAUGCAGUGCAAGCGCCACGCCCGCACCGUCCUCUCCACCGUCGGCCCCGCCCCCAGCCUCCGCGCCCUCGAGCUCUGGCACAUCGAGGACUGGGGCAACGUCGAGCGCCUCUGGGGGCACGUCGGCCCGCCCCCCGUCGUCGUCUUCAACGGCACCCUCCCCGCCCUCACCCGCCUCUCCCUCAUCGGCGUCAACAUCCAGUGGUCCGAGGCGUCCUCGCCCUUCCUCCGCAACCUCACCGAGCUCGAGCUCGGCGUCCACUCCGACGAGGUCCGCAUCCCCUUCGACCGCUGGCUCGACGUCCUCGCCCGCUCCCCCGCCCUCGAGCGCAUCAGCCUCCACUACUCCGGCCCCCGCGCCGCCGCCGCGCCCUGGCGCCUCCCCGACGGGCCCGUCCCCCUCCCCCGCCUGCGCGACAUCAAGCUCGCCGACCUCGACGCCAGCUACGCGUGCGCGCUCCUCCGCACCUUCGUCGCCCCGGCCGUCCGCAGGCUCCACCUCGAGCUCGGCUUCAUGGAGAGCCCGCAGGACUACACGCCCUUCGUCGACAUGCUCGUCAACGCGCCCGACCCCGCCGCAUGUCCCGGCAUCCUCGACCCGAGCACGACCUACGAGCCGCCUCCGUCCACGGAUGCCUCGGGGAAGGGCAAGGGCAAGAGCGAGCCCGCCGCGCGCCCGAUGUUCCCGGGCCUCGAGGAGCUCACCGUCGCGGGGCUCGCGACGUGCACGCUCGCGAGUUGGCACGCGCUCCUGCGCGCCGCGCCGCGCGUGCACACGCUCGCGGUCGACUGCGGCGGGAUGGACAAGGGCGCGUUCGCCGUGCUCGCGGGCACGCUCGGCCCGCCCGUCCCCGUCGUCGCCGCGCGCGCGCUGGUGCGCCCCGUGCCGUACCCCGCGCGCGCGGAGCCGGAGCUGUUGCCGGAGUUGCGGACGCUGAGGGUGUCGGGCGUGCCGGGGGCGGCGCUCCAUGCGUAUUACCUCGCGCGGAAGCGGGCGGGGAGGCCGGUGAGGAUGUGGUUCGUCCGGGAGAGGGAUAGGGAUCGCGAGAUGGAGAGGAUGAAGAGCGAGAUUGAGGUGGAGGCAAGGGCGGAGGGGGAGCGGAGGAAGAGGCGCGGGCGGACCGGUGCUGCGGAUGGGAGUGGGGUGGAUGAGGAGCCGUGUAGGAUGGAGUGGUAUAGGGACGAGGACGAUGAUGAGUAUGGGGAGGGUGCGGAGGACGAGGCGGAGGGUACGGAUGGCGAGGAGGGCGAGGAUGUGGAUGAGGGGGAGGGCGAUGGGGUGGGCGAGGCGGAGGAGGGUGCGGACGUCCCUGGGAGCGGCUCGGACGACGCGAGCAGCGAGGACCACGGGGACCACCACGCGCCCACACUCGUCGCGAGGUGACACGCGCGCAACGCGUGUUCCCGGUGCCAUUCAGUUUUUUUAACAAGUUGGUUCGGGACUCUGUCUCGGUGCGCGGAUGUUGUACAGUGCGUUUGGCUAUUUGUGGUUCCUGGUUGGCUCAAGCUGUAGAGACGUCCCAUCCCAUCGUCAUUCAUCCUCAUCCUCAUACCUAUCUCAUCUCUCACUCCAUCACUCAUCCACACAAUCCCAUCCUGGUCCUCCCUGGUUCGAUCAACGCACCCCGCAUCCUACAACCCCGACAUUCCAUCCACUCUACGUCCUAGGUUAUGUGCAUCGGAAUGAACGCGCACUGCUUCUUGCUUCUUGCAUGUACGAACGCCAAUGUAGUGUAUCCAUUAUCAUUAGCAUUAUCCAUCGACAGUGAUACGGACGUCCCAUUGCACAUCCGAGACAUCAAAUUAUGACGGUCGGUCUCCC